AUGAUAGUAUCCACCAUACCACAAUUUCCUGAUACAAAAUUUUCACUAGUUUUGUUUGAACAGGUACAAAAUGCUAAGGAGAUACGUACUAGAAUGAGCGAAUUAUCCACAUCCUUUGCUUUUAUCGAUCCCAGAUUAAUAUGUUCAGAGGAGCAAAUGUAUUCUGCAGUUUACAAGACUUUGGUAGAAGUAAAUUAUAACAAGAUGAGAACAAGAAACUUGAAUUCAGAAUGUGUAUUAUGUCUUUCACCCACUUCCAAUAUUAGUGAUGCCUUCCAAAAAUUUGGAAUUAAAGACGAUUCAUCACAGUUAAUCUGCCUAAAGUUUCAUACUGAGACUGAUAGGCUGAAUAAGCAGCAAUUGUCUACGGUUCUAUCUUCUAUUGUUAAGGGGAUAGAAAUCGAAUUUACUGAUGAUAAUUUGUCCAAAUUUUAUGACGAAUCGCUUAUAAGAAAGGUAUGUUUGAAAGUAAAAAUGAUAGGCAACAGCCAUACCAAUAACAUAUAA